AAGUCAACAAUAACAAAGCCUUCUAAGUACUCAAACCAUAAACGCGCGUUCUUAGGCCUCAGUUUAGGCUUGGCCUUAUUUCGUGGGUUGCCGGAUGAUUAUGAAAGAGUGGGCGGCGCCCGGCCUUCAUGAGAAAAUGGAGGAUACACUGCCGGUCCGCCAUAAUGCUACAAAUACCGCGAAUGAGGCGGAUUCGACCGGCGAGCCCACACAUUUGAGCGCCUCGUCCAUUUUAGUGUUUCAACCCGGAUCCCGGUUUCUCCGUUUCGGACGAGCCCUCGAUGCCACACCUCAGGUGAUGCUCCACUGUUUGGCUCGUCGACGGAAAGGUACCAAACGCGAUGUUCAAGGCACGCCUUCCGGGGGGUCUUCUGUCCGAGAAUCCUCUCUCCCGCCUUUGGCCAAUUUAGACGGAGAUCAGUUCCAAAGUUUGGCCGACAGCCGCAUCCGUUUGGCUCACGCACUCGAGCGCACGCUUCAAAGUACGGGCGUCAAGCGAUACUCCGUCCCGUUGAAGCAUUUGCGCGAGAUCAACGAUCGGGUCAAACCCGAAGUUCUCCCGGACUCGCCCGAUGCCAUCAAAACAUUGAUGUCUCAACAAGAUGUCAUUGUGGGGGAUGAAGUCUUGCAAAUACCCAAUCACUCCCGGGAGUACAACAUUCACUUUCCGUUCAAGAGUGGCGAUGUCAAUCGCCAUUCCGGCAUUGGCGGGUCCCAAAGCGCCAUCCUGAUGGAUCUUAAGGCCAUUUGGUCUCAUGUGAUCAAGUAUCGUCUCCAUAUUCCGUUGUCCGAUUUGGCGGCCUAUCGAGCCGUGCUCGUGAUUCCGGCCUUGUACCAGAGAUCCCUGAUCAAGCAUUAUUUGUCAUUGAUGCUUCUUGAGCUCGGAUUCGGCGGAUGCUUCGUGAUCCAAGAUCAUGUAGCCGCCACUUUUGGAGCGGGUUUGGGCUUUGCUUGCGUGGUCGAUAUUGGAGAUCAGAAAACAUCGGUGUCAUGUGUGGAAGAUGGGAUAUCGCAGCCAGAUUCGAGGGUACAAAUCAAUUAUGGAAGCGGGGAUAUCACUCAGAUUCUGUAUUUCUUUUUGCGAAGCAUUGGCUUUCCGUACAAAGCGUGCAAGCCAGACUUAAAUCUCUUGGACGCAGAAUUGCUCCAAAAGCUCAAAGAAGAUGUGACACACUUGGACUUGGAUCAGUGUGGAAUCACGGAAUGGCCAUUCAACGUCAGAGCUCUAGAUAAACCGGUUAACCAAUACAAAGUGUCGAUGGCGGACGAACCGAUUAUUGCCUCAUUGGCGUUGUUCAAUCCGGAACUCUUUGAAGUCACCGGUUCGAAAAGAGUCCAGAUGAUGGGAAAGGAUCCGGGGGAUCCGGAAGAUCCCCAUGAUCAUAUAUAUUUGAACGAAACAAGUCGGAAGUACACGAAGGCUGGACCCGCGGACGUGGCAGAUUCGACGGAUCCUCCUGGGAUGGAAGAUGACCUGGAAAUUGUGGCUGACGUGGUCGAAUCCGGUCAAAAUGGACGAUCCGGUGGAUCCAAAUCUCAAGGCUCAGCAUCCAAUGGGGAAUCUGUACUCUCCUUGGAUCAAGCCAUUUUGAGGAGCAUUGAAGGAUGCGAGAGCGAAGACAUGAAACGCAAGAUGUAUGGCUGCAUUCUUCUGGUUGGAGGCGGGUCCAAACUCAAGGGUUUAGACUCCUAUCUUCGGGGUAAACUGGCGCUUCAGAUCCCCAUGCAAUAUCGCACUGACCCUGUGGACAUCAUCGUGAAUGCCAAGGACCUUUGCUCAGCCAUGACCACGUGGAAAGGAGCCGCCAUUCUGGCUUGCCUUGAAACGGCCCAAGAGUUGUGGAUCACCGCACCGGAAUGGGCCAAAACGGGCCAGAAACUUCUUCGAGAACGGGCACCUUUCCCUUGGGCAUGAGUUGAAAUAAAUGCGACUUUGUAAGAUCAA